AUGGACGUACUCUUCACAGUCUAUUGCGCCAACGACAAAACUAUCACAAUAAUUCCUGCCUCGAUCCUAGAACCUGAAAACUCAUGUCGAAGGUACAACUCUGUAUCUGCCACUGCCGAAGAGACAGCUAGUCUACGUAAGGUUUUGCUGCCAGGCACACCACUGACAGCACCACCUCGCGAUAUCUACUCUUUCUCUCAUUUUGCUGCCUUGGUACGGCGAGACCAAAACAUCGAAAGCGAAGACCAACAUACCAUCUCGCUACCUCUCGGGCUUGCUUUCGAGAUGCUCUCCAUCCAGAACUCCUAUCACAUCACCGGACUCGUUAGCGAGACUGCUAUCCAAGAAGUCGAGGAUGCGCUAUCUCCACUCAUGCGCCCCAACAUCCUCAACAACCAGAAGCGCUAUUUUGUUCGAUUGGACGAUUGUUCGCCAAAAGACUCCGAAAGCACAAAGAUGCCCAUCUCCUCUCUUCGACAACUGGUGCUUUGUUUGCUUACUUCGAACCGCGCANAAGGAGAUUUCGAAGCCCAUGUUAUGGAGAACAGACGUGCUCACAUCUAUCUUCAUGCUUGGGACGAGGAAAUGGCAAAAGGAGUGGAGUUUCGUUGCUUUGUACCACCUACCGCCCAUCUUGACGACAGUAGAUCAAGGAUGGUUGCCAUGAGUCAGUAUCACUGGCACAUGCCGUUUCCUGUUGCUGCGUUCGAGCCUCGAGAGACUGUUGAUGUUGCUCUUACUUCUGCUGAGGAGCUCUUGAGGCAGAUCUUAAGCACAGCGACUAGUAUGGGUAUUCUUGACGAGCUCAAGAUGUGGGGCUUCACGUUUGAUGUUGUGGUAAAGAGGAGUGGGCGCGUGCAGCUGGUAGAGCUGAAUCCAUUCGGAGCAAACAGCGGAUGUGGGAGUUGUCUCUUCCAUUGGGCAGAUGAUGCGAAACUGCUGUAUGGAGGGAAGAAGGCGACUGAGAUCAGGUUGUUGAUAUGA